GCCCAUUCUCAUGUUUUGAGUGACGCGAUCAUCUAUGAGACAAGAGAGGAUCCGAGGUGGCCGCGUUUAACGCUGUUGACCACUACAGUCAUUGCGCGCGGGGGACGACAGACAUUCGCCUUUUCCCCCCCGACUUGCUGUGUUUUUCCCGCGGACUUUUCUGUGCUAUUUGACAACAAUGCUCUUAGUUUUCUUACGGAGAAUAGUCACUGUGUCGUGUAUGAAGGCGUAAUCGCGGUGUAGUGGAGCAGCUCGGAUUCUACGAGGCCAAAGAGAACUCUUCUUUGGGAAACCAAACAUGCCGCGGCGGAAACAAGAAGCGCCCAAGCGCGCGGCAGCCUACUCUCCAGAGGAGUUGGAGGAGAUGAAGGAGCAUGCGAUGGAGGAGGUGGAAGAAGAGGGCGUGGACUUUCAAAAGGACGGAGAGGGCUCAGAAAAGGACCUCACCAAAGAGGCACUGGGUGACCGGGACUCCAUUGUUGGGGCCGAGCUCUCUGCUCAGGAGAUGGACAUUGAAUCACACGUGAGCGAUGCCAGCGACCCCUUGUCAGACUUUGAGACCACCUCUGUCGACGCCGAGGAGAGGCCUGUCAAAGAGCUUCUGAACGGAGCAGGGGUGAGGCUGGACACUCCCUUGGCGCUGGACACUCCCUUGGCGCUGGACACUCCCUUGGCGCUGGACACUCCCUUGGCGCUGGACACUCCCUUGGCGCUGGACACUCCCUUGGCGCUGGACACUCCCUUGGCGCUGGACACUCCCUUGGCGCUGGACACCCUGGAACAGAUGAAGACCAUCUACUCCAGCUUCCUGACCAACACUUAUUGGUCGCCCCUGAACUUUAACCCCACCCCAACGCCAACUCAGACACUGACACAUGUGGAGAAGCCACCGCGGACUAGCAGCUCUAGCAGCAGCAGUAGCAGCAGCAGUAGUUAUGACUGGCACCAGUCCGCAGUGGCUAAGUCCCUGCAGCAGCAGGCCUCUCAGAGCCGCCACCACCCUCAUCCCUCAGAGCCCAGUCUCUUCAGCACAGUGCAACUCCAUAGACAGAACCCCAGACUGUACGGCAACAUCUUCACCGGGGCCAGCAAGUUCCGCUGCAAGGGCUGCAGUGCCGCCUACGACACCCUGGUGGAGCUCACCGUGCACAUGAACGACACGGGCCAUUACCGCGAUGACAACCAUGAGAGGGGAGCCAACGGGGCCAAGGGGCACUGGUCCAAGCCUCGCAAGCGCUCCCUGCUGGAGAUGGAAGGCAAGGAGGAUGCUGCGAAGGUGCUGAAGUGCAUGUACUGUGGCCACUCCUUCGAGUCCCUGCAGGACCUGAGCGUCCACAUGAUCAAGACCAAACACUACCAGAAAGUGCCUCUGAAGGAGCCACUGGCCCCUGUGGCAGCCAAAAUGAUCUCAAGGAAGAGAGGCCCACUCUCUGGUAGCCUGGACCUCCCUGGCUCCCCAAGUUCAAGAGAGGUGACCCCCAAACCCAAAGCCUCCUUGAGUGGUGACCCCAACGACCCCUCCCACAAGGUCUCCAACCCCUAUAUCAUCCCCAGCAACCGCUUCGGCCACCAGAACGGCGCAAGCUAUGCGUGGCAGUUCGAAUCGCGCAAGUCCCAGAUCCUCAAGUGCAUGGAGUGCGGAAGUUCCCACAAUACCCUGCAGGAGCUGACCGCCCACAUGAUGGUGACGGGUCACUUCCUCCGGGUCACCAAUGGCAACCCCCCCAGCAAGAGAGGAGGCAGGCCCGUCCCAGAGGCUGCCUCCCCCAGCACUGUACAGGCCACACCCCCCACACAGGAGGGGGUUCAGUCAAUCCCAUUGGCUCCUACAUUCUCCCCCCCUCCACCCUAUGCCGUUUCAGCCCUGGCCAUCUCCCCUCCUCUCAAAGACAUUAAGAAAGAGGAGAUGGAGGACGAGUGUACUAAGGACAUGGUCAGCCAUGACAAGGUUUCGGACGAGGAGGUUGAGGAGAAGUUUCACAACUCCACCAAGUAUAACUAUCUGACCGAGGAGGACCUGAAGGAGAGCCCCAAGGGCGGCUUCGACAUUCUCAAGUCCCUGGAGAACACGGUGACUUCGGCCAUCAAUAAAGCCCAGAGUGGCAACCCCAGCUGCGGGGGAUACCCCAGUAUCCACGCUGCAUAUCAGUUCCCCAACUCCCUGAAGCUGCCCCAGGAUAGUGCUGAGAAGAGCUCCCCUCUCAAGUACCUAUUCACUGGAGGAGAGGGGGUGCUCUCUUCCCUCAGCAAGAGCCAGCCCUUGAUCUCCCCACCGGCUAGUCAGAGCUACCCCCUCCCCAACCUCAACAACUUCCAGGCCAUGGAGGAGCUGGUUAAGAAGGUGACUGAGAAAGUGGCCAAAGUGGAGCGGAGGGUAAAGAGAGAGGUGUCCCCCAAGAGAGAGGUGUCCCCCAAGAGAGAGGUGUCCCCCAAGAGAGAGGUGUCCCCCAAGAGAGAGGUGUCCCCCAAGAGAGAGGUGUCCCCCAAGAGAGAGGUGCACCGACCCCCCUGUGGAAGUGACGACGCAGAGUCCACUGGAGCAGAGUCCCUGCUUCGAGAGUGGAGGGCGGUGACUCCGGCUAACAGUGACAGUAGCCAUAGCGACAGAGCCUCGCCCUCUGCGAGAGCGAGCAGGAGAAAAACGGUUCCGUUGCCUGCCUCUGCUCUGAGCUGCAGCACAGCCUUCAUAACAGGCCACGCCCCUCUGGAGCAGCCCUUCGUUAACCCUUUAAGUGCUCUUCAAUCUGUGAUGAAUGUCCACCUGGGGAAGGCAGCCAAGCCCACUCUGCCCAGCCAGGACCCUCUCAGUCUGCUGUCCAGGCUGAGCCAGAGUAUGGCUGAGAGGGCUGCCGUGGCCUCCUCCCCCACGCACACCAAGAGACACCCAGAGCCUGUGGCUUGUCGGGGCAUAAGUCAGUCCAAUGAUGACCAGCCCAUGGACCUGACAAAAGGGAAGCGUGAUCGAGGGGGCUCUAUUGGCUCUGACCCUCUGACUCCCUCAUCCACAGCCUCCUCCGUCUCCCCUUCCUCAAUGGUGACCCCUGCUAAGAUGACAGUGGUCUCUCCCUUCACAUCCAGCAGCCCGUUACAUGAAAACGCUCUGUCGGACAUAUCCGACAUGCUGAGGAACCUGACGCAAUCAGCACACCACGUCUCCAAGCCCCCCUCCAGGACGCGGAUCACAGAGCGGGUCACAGAUGUAGUGGGCUCCACCACCCAAGAGGAGGCUGAGGGGUCCAUGGCCAAUAAGAGGAAGGGCCGUCAGUCCAACUGGAACCCCCUGCACCUGCUUCUCCUACAGGCCCAGUUCUCUUCCAGCCUCAGGCCGACAUCCGAGGGCAAGUACAUCAUGUCCGACCUGAGCCCCCAGGAGAGGAUGCACGUGUCCCGCUUCACGGGCCUCUCCAUGACCACCAUCAGUCACUGGCUGGCCAACGUCAAGUACCAGCUGAGGAGAACCGGCAGGACCAAGUUCCUCAAGAACCUGGACUCAGGCCAGCCGGUGUUCUUCUGCAGCGAGUGCGCUUCACAGAUCCGGACCCCCGCUGCCUACAUUUGCCACCUGGAGGCCCACCUGGGCUUCAGAUUGAAGGACCUGGCCAAGCUCUCCCCCAAACAGACCCUGAGGGACUCCUCGAAAGGUGGGUCUGAUGAACUGCCCCUCCUGGACCCUUUCCUCUUCUCUUCUGCACCCUCUUCUCAGUCACAAGAGGAGGGCAGUGGGACUGUGUACCGGUGCCAGCUGUGUAUCCGUAAGUUUGCCAGUAAGCAUGCCAUCAAGCUCCACCUCAGCAAGAGCCAUGGGAAGUCCCCAGAGGACCAUCUCCUGUAUGUCUCUGGGAUGGGGAAACACUAGAAGUAGAAUUGACAUUUCAUUAUAGAAACACUUGAGUGCUCCCAGCAUUGGACAUACUGGAAUAUAAGCUGUUAAAAAAAGAGAGAACUUAAAAAUAAACUUAAAAGAAAACAGUUGAAGGUGUGACAAAAGUAACUACUGUUAAGUGUCAGCACAACGUGUUUACAUUCAUGGCCUAUGCUUGUCUGUAUUUUUCUCCAUUUCAAAAUAUGUUAAUUUCACAUGUUGAAGAUAUAGAUCAUGAAUAUUCAGCUUUUAAAGGGAUAGUUCGCCCAAUUACUAAGUUACAUAUUUUUCCUUACCUUUUACCACAAGUUGUCUAUUGGCCAGGAGCGACCACGAUACAAACUUUAGAUUUGUUUUCAUCUCUGAAGAUAAGGACACAUUUAAGUAAUUUUGUAUUUUGGGUGAACUCUCCAUUUGUAAAAUAUAGUAAUUUGAGAUUUAUUAUAUUGUAAUGUAGUUAUUUUUACAUUUUUGUGAAGUUUAUUGGAAUUUGUUGACUCUUUGAACUACAUGUAUGUAUGUAUGUAUUAACAAGUCAACAGUUCAAAACUAGUUUGAUACUCCAGUCUUUAGUUGGCUUUUGUCACCUUAAGCGGGGUUUGCUGAUGAAGCAUUUCUACUCUGAGAUCAGCCAUGAACCUGGGAGUGCUCUUCGGGAGAAUUGGCCAAACAAAUAAAUGACAUUGUACUAGUCAGUAACAUCACAUUUUUUAUACAGUUUGUGUCGCAGGUUUUGUCGACUCUGCAGUAUUGCUUCUCAUCACGUCAGGGGCCCUCAAACCACAUCUAUGUACAAAUGUACAUACAGUAUAUAGGCUAACCACUUUCUGUUUAAGUUAUGCAUACUUGUUAUAUUUCCUAAUUUAAGAGGACUAUGACUAUCCACUGGUGCAGAGCCUUUGAAGAAGACAGAAAUGGCAUUGUUUUGCACAAUAGUUUUAUAAAUGUUAUUUGAUAAGAAAAUAUAUAAAAUUGAACUUUGUUCAUGCUCUGUUGCUUCUAUUAUUAAAUUGACUUGAAGUGCUGCACACAA